GUCGCCGCUCUCGACGUGUCGUCUUUCCCGACAUGCCCAGCACUUCCUGUUCUGUUUGCUUCUGUUUACGGAGUCGAUUUCUCGUUGCUUUUUCAACAUGGAGUAGGAACUUAGUGCUCGGCACUAAUACACGAAAAGGAAUAGAAAGCAGCCAGAAAGGAGACUGUCCUAGCAACGGAGUCGAUGUCAGCCGCCUUCCUUCAACGGUGAACGCCAAAGGCCGGAGAUAAACAAAGCAGCCUCGCCCGCCCCUUUGGUGACAAUGCAUCAACAGGCGCAGCAUUUCUCGCCGUCAAACGGGGAUUUCACGUUCGUCUCGUCUAACGAGGCAGAAGAUCUUAGUGGCUCAAUUGACUCCCCAGAUGUUAAAGUGCAUAUCAACGGCGACUCCUCCAAAGACACAACUGCAACAACAUUCCUGCGGCAGAGAGGUUAUGGCUGGUUGUUAGAGGUUGAAGAAGAGGACCCAGAAGACAAUAAACCUCUUCUGGAAGAACUUGAUAUUGAUCUCAAAGACAUAUAUUACAAAAUCCGCUGUGUGCUGAUGCCGAUGCCUUCCUUGGGGUUUAACCGACAAGUGGUGAGAGACAACCCAGAUUUUUGGGGGCCUCUGGCUGUGGUCCUUUUCUUCUCAAUGAUAUCCCUAUAUGGCCAAUUCAGAGUUGUGUCCUGGAUCAUAACAAUCUGGAUAUUUGGAUCAUUGACAAUCUUUCUGCUUGCCAGAGUUCUAGGUGGUGAAGUUUCUUAUGGACAGGUUCUUGGGGUUAUUGGCUAUUCCUUGCUCCCACUAAUAGUAAUAUCACCUUUACUCUUGAUAGUUGGAGGAUUUGACGUGCUAUCAACAGUGGUAAAGCUCUUUGGAGUGUUUUGGGCUGCUUAUAGUGCCGCUUCCCUGCUUGUUGGUGAUGAGUUCAAGACCAAGAAACCACUUCUGAUAUACCCCAUUUUUCUCUUGUACAUUUACUUUCUUUCUCUGUACACUGGGGUUUGAACUUUGAUAUGUGGUUUGGAAUUGCGCUUUGAACAACGAUCAUCUUGUGAAGUAGCAUCCUCAAGGACCGUAUGCUAUAAAUGUAGCGUUACAGCCUGGAUGAAUUAUCCACUUUUUCUAUUUGGAAUGGUGUUGGUCCAAAAAAAGGUCGUAAAACAAAUUUGUACAGUUUAUUUAAUUACAAAAUGUAGCCAUGACCUGUACGUAAAUGAAAGUUCUAGGAUUUGUUUAAAACCUCUUACAACUCUGAUGGACAUUUAUGGAUUCUGGACUAAAAGUGUCUUUGCACUAUGCAUUGUACACUGCCAUGCACUACCGAACUUGAGUUUCUCAUCCUCCGAACUAUUGAGUAAUCCCUUUUUUAAAUGAAUGGGUUUGUUCUAUAAAAUGCCUGUGCCAAAAGCAAAGGCUUAUGGUCCUCCAUGUCUUAAAAAGAAUUAUAGCAAUUAAUGAGCUCGGGUUCUCAUUUUUUAAGGCGACAGUUCUGUCACUGAUUAACAGUUUGCAUUUGGUCAUCUUAAUCAUAAAUGUAUACUUAAUAAAAUUCAUUUAAGCUAAUUUAUAUUAUGUAGGGCUUCAAUAUAACUGUAGACUUUGAUAAGGAGAAAAAAGAAUACUCAUAAAAUGGGUGCCUUUUGUUUUCUGUCAUGGCUUGUUAUAUGAAGACAAUAUUUUCAGGGUGUAAAUUUGUAAAAGGCAAGAAAAUAAAUUAAAAAGACACUAUAUUCACUUCUAAA